AUGGCUACCACGCAGCAGGUCAGCGCACAUAAAAAACUGUUCGUGAAGUAUAUUCCUGCCCAAAACAUGGUCGCAUCUAUGGUUUUCUUCUUCUUGUGGGGCGCUCUCGCUGGGUGGGUCGCUCUGGCUGAGAGCGGCCCACCUAUUCGUUGUCGCAACAUCCCAAACAGUAUCGGUUAUCCAAAUUCUUCAACUUGGGCUGCAUUCAACACUUCGAUCUCUGGAAGGCUGAUCAAUGCUGUUCCGACCGCGAAAUACUGUGCUACCUUAGUUGGGGGGUGUACUGAUGCUCAAUGGACCAGUUCGGUGUUUCGAGGUUCAAUCCCAGGAUCCAUGUGCCAAACUAAUUGGGAGCAAGGCUAUGACCUCACUCCACCUUCGGUUUGCCUCCGCAACGGCACUACCUGUGGCCAAGGAGACGUUUCGCUCUAUUCUGUUGAAGCAGAAACUAUUGAAGAUAUCCAGACUGCUGUCAAAUUCGCUAGCCAGCACGACCUCCGACUCGCCGUCAAGUCAUCAGGUCAUGAUUACCUCGGAAGAUCUACCGCCCCAUAUUCACUUCUCAUCCGCGUCGUCAACUUCAAACAAAUCACUUUUACCGAGGACUUCAUCGUCGAAAACCGCCAACUCGGUCCAGCGGUCACUUUUGGGAGCGGGGUGUACGCCCACGAGUUAUAUGCGCAGAUGAAAACUGCGGGGAGGAUUGCGGUCGCCGGUGUAGCUUCAACAGUUGCCCCUGGGGGUGGCCAAAUCCAGGGCGGCGGCCACUCUGCACUGUCCCCAGCGCUGGGACUUGUGUCCGACAAUGCUCUUGAAUUCAAGGUAGUUGAUGCGAGGGGUGAGCUACUUCAUGUGAACAACAUCUCUCAUCCCGACCUCUUUUAUGCUUUGAGAGGGGGCGGUGCGGGUAGCUGGGGGGUUAUCAUUUCGACCACAGUUCGCACGUUCCCCUCCUUCAACGCCACCUUGUCGACGCUAUACCUCGGAGCCGAGAGCAACGCUGCUGCUGCUGAGCUGGCUGCGUUACAUGCAAGUCGUAUAUUUGACUGGGACUCUGUCAAUGCUGGCCAAUAUUUUUGGCUUUUGAAAAACGCUGCUGAUGCAGCAGACCCUGAUGCCCCGUCAGCAUUUGUUGUGUUGACAUAUCUGCCCAACACAACAGUCGAGCAGAGCGAAGCGUUGCUGAUGCCAUUCUUUAAUGCUUCACUUUCUCUCCCUGGCGUCCUUCUGGUGGAGAAACAGGCGUUAUACAGCGACAUCAAUAAUAUCUUGUUUUCCUCUGAUGAUAGCAUUGGGACCAACGUGUUCAUGGGGUCGCGCCUCAUUCCGGAUUCACUCUAUCGUCAUUCCCCAGAGAGAGUCCGAACUGUCUAUAAACAUCUGUUGGACGACGGAGCGACUGCGAUUCUCGGCCAUAUGAUUGUUCUGCCUAACCAAUUUGCGGACUCAGCGUCGCUAGAGCAGAUUAAUUCCGCUCGUCGGCGAUUCCAAACUGUUCAGCUUCCUGUCCUCGAGCAGCUUUCUGGCCCCCAUGCGGGGUCUUACUCCAAUGAAGCGGAUAAUGAACCGUCCUUUCAGACGACGUUCUUCGGUCCAAACUAUGGGCAGUUGAGUGCCAUAAAAGCCAAAUACGAUCCCAAUGACUUGUUCAUUGUCGCGGCCGGCGUUGCUGUCGUCGAGAUGCCUGUUGCGCAGCAGCCGAGCGACGAUAAAAUGCUCUGUGGUCAAAAUCGGGCAGCACAAAAUGACCACCCUCAUACCUUUCUUCGUUCUAUUUCUCGGGCCGUUGCUGGCUCAGAGCGCACCUUCUAUCCGUUGUCGGAAUUUUCUGGCCGACUUGUCAAUGUUGUUCCAUCUGCAAAAUAUUGCGCAGACGUUGGCUGUACCGACGCUCAAUGGGCCAGCGCAACUUUUCGCGGUACUAUCCCAGGAGCAAUGUGCCAGCCGAAUUGGGAGCAGGGCUAUGAUUUUGACCCGCCCUCUCUUUGCCUCCGCAACGACACAACUUGUGGUCAGGGGAACGUUCCUCUUUAUUCUGUCGAAGCAGAAAUCGUGGACGAUGCUGCUGUCAGAUUUGCUAGCAAGUACGACCUCCGUCUCGUUGUAAAAUCGUCGGGACACGAUAACCUCGGGCGCUCGACUGCUCCCAACUCCCUUCUUCUUCGCGUCACCAAGUUCAAGCAGAUCACAUUGGUCAACGAUUUUGUCGUCGCUGGGGAGCGCCUUGGGCCUGCAGUUACAUUUGGAAGUGGGGUCUAUGCUCGUGAGCUCUACGCGCACACAAAGCUACAAGGGAGAAUCGCUGUGGCUGGGUCCGCAUCGACUGUGGCCCCAGGAGGCGGGCAAAUUCAAGGCGGCGGACAUUCUGCACUCUCGCCGGCACUGGGACUGGUGUCAGACAAUGCUCUCGGUUUGAUCCUUUCUCUCCAUCAUGCUGCGUUUAACAUUAUGAAAGAGUUCAGUGUUGUCGACGCAGCCGGUGACUUGCUGCAGGUAAAUAGUGCUUCUCAUCCUGACCUCUUUUACGCCCUCAGAGGGGGUGGUGCAGGCAGCUGGGGCGUUCUCAUAUCAACGACCGUCCGCACAUAUCCAACUUUCAAUGCGACUUUCACCAGCAUUACCCUUUCCGCAUUAAAUAACGCAAUCGUUAGUCAGCUGGCUUCUCUGCACGCAUCUCAUAUAUUUGAUUGGGACUCUGUCAACGCUGGGCAGUACUUCUAUAUACUGAAAGACACCAAUGAUGCUACCAACCCUGACGCUCCUUCCGCAUUCCUGUUGCUUACGUAUAUGGCAAAUACGACUCUCGAACAGAGUAGUGCGUUACUGGACCCGUUUAUCGAUGCCUCUCUUGCCAUUCCUGGUGUUUCACUGGCGGAUCACAGAACAAGACACGCCGAUAUCAACGAAAUCCUUGCCGCAGCGGACGAUACUGUUGCUGUCAACCUCUACAUGGGAUCACGUUUUGUUCCCGAAGCCCUCUAUCGUGACUCGCCAGAGAAAGUUGGCGUAGUAUACAAACAGCUCUUGGACAACGGCACAACUGCCAUUCUUGGACAUAUAGUUGCUGGGGGUCAAGUUUCACGAAAUGCCCAUAUUAACUCCGCCGUUCAUCCAGGAUGGAGAACAGCCAAAACUCACAUUCUCCUCGUCAACAGGUUCGAAGACUCGACAUCUCUAGACGAAAUCCGUUCCAUACGUGAACGGUUUCAACAAGCCCAACUCCCAGUUCUAGAGCAGCUGUCUGGCCAUGAUGCUGGGUCUUAUUCCAACGAGGCCGAUAUUGAGCCUGCAUUCCAAACGACGUUUUUCGGUCCCAAUUAUGCAAGGCUGAGCGCCAUCAAGGGAAAAUAUGAUCCUAAUGAUUUGUUUAUUGUUGCAGCGGGUGUUGGUAGUGAGCGAUGGGAUCAAUGGGGAAUAUGUAGACGAUGA